GUAAAAAUCCGAAAUUCUCGGAUUUUUUCAUUCCACCAGAAUCGCCAUUUUCAUUGACACUGACAAAUAGAUUGACUGCAGAAAAACAGAACAAAUACAAAUACGAGCGUCUCAAUGGAACACUCUAACGUUCGCUAUGAAGUAUUGGUUGGUGAAGAUGAGAGGGUUCCAGCUGAACCAGUGACCUUGACAAUGGUGGAACCCCCUCCCGCUUAUCCUGGAAUAAAUCAACACCAAGCUUCAUCAGACCAGGCUGAAUCAGCACAGAAUAUGAAACUGCCCACAUAUGUAGAAGCUACUUCAUUACCCAGUUAUGAAGAGGCAGAGAGAACUAAAGUACACCCAGACCCAGAGGUUGGUGGUGAAUCUAGGCCAGUUCUUAGUGACAGAGAGGUAUCGAGAGAUAUUAUAGGCACAGAUAGCAUGUUCCUUUGUGCUUUUGUCUUGGCCUUCUUCUUUAACUGGAUUGGAUUAUUAUUUGCUAUUUGUUUCUUCAACACCAUAGCAGGACGAUGCGGGGCGUUAUCUGGACUAGGACUUUCCAUCGUAAAAUGGGUGGCAAUUUUCAAGCACAACAAAUGGGCUGAGGGGUAUGCACAGGAAGACUCAUUUAUCUGGUGGCUUUUAAUGUUAUGUGGGCUGUUUGUAUUCUUGAGAGGAGCUAUCCAUUAUGCUAAAGUAAAGUAUGACUGGCAUAGAUCCAGACAACAGAGAGGAUAUAUGUUUACUUUAUAAUUGGACAACCUUUGUAAAAUUGGUACCCUUUGAUUGUGCAGUAGCAAUUUUCUAAUUAUUUAGAAAACUAAUUUCAUGUCUAGAUUUAAUUGAAUGUUAUCAAAUUUACAAGGUUAAGAACUAAGGGCUUUUCUGUUCAAAUGGCUGUGGGAUGUAGUAAAUAAGAUUUCACAAUUUGUAUGGACAGAAUUGCCUUUUCAAUCAUUUAUUUUAUUAUUUUGCCUUUUCAAUCAUUUAUUUUAUUAUCAAAUUGAAAAUUAUUACCAUCAGUUGCAAAUUGUAAAGGAAGUAUUCGAAGUGUAAGAUUUGAAUUAUUUAAAGUGUGCAAAUUUGGCACAUGAACCUUUUUACCAGUCUAUGUUUUGUAUAAUACAUUAUUUUCAAACAGAAUAUCAUUCAAUUUAAUUCUGAUUUUCUGACAGUUCAUGUUAAAUUGUGAAAAGAUGACACACAAAAAAACUUUUAUGAAAGGGUUUUAUAUUUCAUUAAACUCUAAUUGGAGAGCUAUUCUUAAAUAGAGUUCUUGGUAAUCAUUCUCAAAUAGAAAUUUUGAUAAUCAUAUUAAACUAUAUUACAGUUGUUGAUAAUCAUUUUAUAAAAAACAAAAGUUAUCUAGGGUUGGUUUUAAGAUUUAUCGUGAAUUAUAUGGACUGGGAGAUGAACAUUGAGAGAAAUGAAUAUGCCUUCUUGCACACAAAUACCCAUUCACAAACAAAAUGAGAUAUUUAAACAAUGUACAAUGUUUUAUCCUUUUCUUUUUAAAUAGUGAGAUUUGGUCCUUUGCCAUUGUAUCAAUGUUGUUGAUAUUUUAAUGUUCAUAAUACAUAUUUUUUUCUUAAUUAUUUUACGGUUCCUGCAUUGGGUGCUAACUUUCAUAUAAAGUUCUUUUGUGGGAUUUAUUUACAUUGUUGUUUUUAGCUUGUAUUUGUUGUAAAAAAAAAAUGUAAAAAAUAGUACUUGGUAGUACUUUAUGGUUUUAGGAAAAUCUAUUUUGUUGAACAUCAUUUGUAAAAUAUACCUUACAAAAUAUAUGUGGUUUGUGGGAUUAUUAUAUAUCAUCAGUACGCAUGGAUUUUAGAAACAUUUUUAUGCCCCCACCAUAGCGGAGGGGGCAUUAAGUUUUACCCUUUGUACGUCUGUACGUACAUCUGUACGUCCCAAAGUUGGUUUCUGUUCUCUAAUUUAAGUUAGCCUCAACCAAAUGUUAUGAAACUUAUACACAAUACUUGUUACCACAAAACUCAGAUCAAGUACAAAUUUGGGAAGUGUCACUUUUACCGUUCUUCAGUUAUGUCCCUUUAUAACUUUAUAUGAUAUGCAUGCGGGGGCAUCAUCUGUGACCCAUGGACACAUUCCCCAUUUAUUUAUGAAAUGUUCACCGCAUGAGUUAAUUACAUUUUGAGGUUAAAUUUUCAUAUUUAUAUACAGUUUUAAUGUAGCCAUUUAGCUGUAUUUAAUUCAUUUUUAGAGUCUCAAAUUAAAGGUAAACAGCAAGUACAAAUUAAACAGUGUCUGAUUUUUUUUAUUAUCUUCUGUUUUGGGUAAAAAUGGACAUUGAUAUGUCAUUAUAUUGAAUAUUAUGAGAUCAUUUAUUCUCAGUUUCAUGUUCGGAAAAAUUGUAAAAGCCUGUGAUACAUUUUUAUUUCAAGGAAUUUUUAUGUUUAAAUCAUAUGAAUUUAUAACCAAAGAUAUUUGAUUUAAGAAAAAGCACUAAAGCUUGUGACUAUUCAUGAAAUUACUGGUAAUAUUGUAUUGUGGUUUUCUAUUCCAGAAUAAAAUUGUAGAGCUCAUGGG